UAAAGUUGUGCGUGUCGUCAGCUACCUCCCUCCGCUUCCACCGAAUUCGUUCGACUCGUCGAUCUGCGACUCCCUCGCAUUCUCUUCAACUUAAUUUAUUUGACUCCGACUCCUCGCUUCAGGGUCAUGGUCUCCUUCUUCAACACCGGUUUCUUGGUUGUGUCGAUCGCAGAGGAGGGCAGCGGCAGCGGUUGGGAGAGGAGGGACAAGAGGAGUUGCAGUGAGAGCAGGAACGGAGAAGAUGGCGCAGGAAUAUUCAAACGCAACAGUUGGUGGCGGGGUCGAGGACAUGUACGGCGAAGAUCGCGCUACCGAGGAGCAGCUCGUCACUCCCUGGACCUUCUCCGUUGCAAGUGGAUAUAGUCUGCUAAGAGAUCCGCACUACAACAAAGAGCUAGCCUUCACAGAAAAGGAGAGAGAUGCUCACUACUUGCGUGGACUUUUGCCUCCGGUAGUUGUGACUCAAGAACUCCAGGAGAGAAAGUUUUUGCAGACCCUUCGUCAAUACACCGUUCCCUUACAGCGUUACAUGGCGAUGAUGGACCUUCAAGAGUUAAAUGAGAGGCUUUUUUACAAACUUCUGAUUGACAAUGUUGAGGAGUUGCUUCCGGUUGUGUACACACCAACAGUAGGUGAAGCUUGCCAGAAGUAUGGGAGCAUCUUUCGACAUCCACAAGGUCUUUAUAUCAGCUUGAAAGAGAAAGGAAAAAUUCUUGAGGUGCUGAAGAACUGGCCUGAGAAGACUAUUAAAGUUAUUGUGGUUACAGAUGGUGAACGUAUUUUGGGACUAGGAGACCUUGGAUGUCAGGGUAUGGGAAUUCCUGUAGGCAAACUUGCUCUUUAUACAGCUUUAGGAGGACUUCGUCCGUCUGAAUGUUUACCCAUUACCAUUGAUGUGGGGACAAACAAUGAAGAGUUACUGAACAAUGAGUUCUACAUUGGUUUAAGACAAAAGCGUGCUAGAGGCCAGGAAUAUGAUGACCUUCUCCAUGAGUUUAUGUGUGCUGUUAAGCAACAAUAUGGUGAGAAAGUCCUAAUUCAGUUUGAAGACUUUGCCAACCAUAAUGCAUUUGAUUUGCUAGCAACAUAUAGCAAGACCCAUCUCGUCUUUAAUGAUGACAUCCAGGGAACUGCCUCUGUGGUUCUUGCUGGACUUGUUGCAUCCUUAAAAUUGGUUGGAGAGUCCUUAGCAAACCAUACCUAUUUGUUUCUUGGGGCUGGAGAGGCUGGUACUGGUAUUGCAGAGCUCAUUGCUCUUGAGAUUUCUAGACAGAAUGGUACCCCGAUUGAAGAGAAUCGUCGAAAGAUUUGGCUUGUUGACUCAAAGGGACUGAUUGUUAACUCCAGGAUGGAAUCUCUACAACAUUUCAAGAAACCAUGGGCCCAUGAACACGAACCAAUUAGCAAUCUUCUUGAUGCUGUUAAGGCUAUCAAACCAACUGUGCUUAUAGGAACCUCCGGAGUAGGAAAGACUUUCACACAAGAAGUAGUUGAAGCCAUGGCUUCAUUUAAUGAGAAACCUCUUAUUCUUGCUCUGUCAAAUCCGACCUCGCAAUCCGAAUGUACUGCUGAGGAAGCAUACACUUGGAGUAAGGGCCGUGCAAUUUUUGCCAGUGGAAGCCCAUUCGAUCCAGUUGAAUAUGAGGGGAAAACUUUUUUAUCUGGCCAGGCAAACAAUGCUUACAUAUUUCCAGGUUUCGGCCUUGGUUUGAUCAUUUCAGGAGCAAUACGGGUGCGUGACGAAAUGCUUCUUGCAGCAUCUGAAUCUCUAGCCCAACAAGUGACACAAGAGAACUUCGAUAAAGGAUUGAUCUAUCCGCCCUUCAAGAACAUCCGACAGAUAUCAGCACAAAUUGCUGCUAAUGUGGCUGCAAAAGUAUAUGAACUCGGUUUGGCUUCUCGCCUUCCUCGCCCCAAAAACCUGUUGGAACACGCAGAGAGCUGCAUGUACAUGCCAACAUAUCGCAGCUACCGGUAAAUUGAUGAGGAUUUUCAGAAAAGAUAUGGAUGCAGAACUUGAAUCCAAAUUCUCACACAAUAACACUGAGGUUCUUGCUUAAUUUAUCAGCUGAGUUAGCUGCCAUUGUUCAGUUAAUACAGAAAGUUUUCAGUUUUCUAGCAGUGAAAUGUCUUUUUUUUUGGAAAAUAUUUGGCAUCUUCACAUUGCGGUCGAUGAAAAAUGUUUAAUCGAUUGGAAAUGUUAAUUUUUUAAGUAAAUGACUUUUAUAUGAAUCGAGCAA